UUAGUUUCUCUCUCUCUCUCUCUCUAUAUAUAUAUAUAUAUAUCUGCAAGUACAGCAGCACAUCUAAAAGUUUGUGUGAUUUCGUCCUUCCAUUCAUUGAGAAACCUAAGAAAGUGAUCUACACAUCCAUUUCCUUGUGGCCUGCUGUCUCCCUUGCAAUUGAAGUAUUGUGAGAUGGUUGUGAUUCAGCAAAUUUGCUAGAUACAUGUGAUGGUAUUGCUUGCAGCUAACCAAGAAGAAGACAUAUGAUGGUCUCUGCUGCUGUUAUUGGACUCAGUGCAGGAAAGAGGCUAUUGAGUUCCUCCUAUUAUUCUGAUAUCACAGAAAAGCUGUCAUGUGGUUACGAUUAUGGAUCAACAUACCAUCAGGCUGCUUCAACAAAGAAUGUUAUCACAGCAAAUAAGUCCUCCAAUAAUAGCACUAGUUUUUUGUCCAACCAACACACACGGUCCUUAAAAGCUCAAAAAGAACAUGUGAAUACUGCUUCUGAACCUUCAACUGCUGAGGUGUGGCUUCAAAGAUUGAACCACUUGGAGGAGGACAGAUCUCAUUCGGAAUUUUCAGUGGAGGCUCUUCUCUUGUUACAGAAGUCAAUGCUGGAAAAGCAAUGGAAUCUUUCAACUGAGACAGUAAUAACCGAUGGAAAAAGAGAAAAUACCCACAAGAAGAUGCAGGUCACUGGUUCAGGGACAUCCGCUCGCAGGCGGAGAAUAGAUGCUAGGAGGAAAGUUCUGAGGCAAAACAGUUCCAUGAUUCAACUUAGUACAAGUAAGCAGCUGAAAUGCAUUAUCAGGCCAGAGCUGCUUCAGAACCGUUUGAAAGGAUAUGUGAAGGGAGUAGCAAGCGAGGAAUUGCUCACCCAUUCAGAAGUAGUGCAAUUAUCUAAAAUAAUAAAAACUGGCCUUUACUUAGAGGAGCAGAAAUCGAGACUGAAGGAAAGAUUAGGAUGCGAGCCUUCGGAGGAGCAACUUGCUACUUCCUUGAGGAUUUCUCGUGCUGAGUUACAAUUGAAAUUGAUAGAGUUUUCUUUGGCAAGAGAAAAUUUGGCAAUGAACAAUGUUCGUCUGGUCAUGUCUAUUGCACAAAGAUACAACAACAUGGGUGUAGAAAUGGCUGACCUUAUUCAGGGUGGCCUGAUUGGACUACUCCGGGGGAUUGAGAAAUUUGAUUCUUCCAAGGGGUUCAAAAUUUCAACUUAUGUGUACUGGUGGAUACGCCAGGGUGUUUCGAGGGCAUUAGUUGAAAAUGCACGAACCUUAAGAUUGCCUACUUAUUUGCAUGAAAGAUUAAGUUUAAUCCGUAAUGCAAAGAUGAAACUGGAAGAGGAAGGAAUUGCUCCAUCAAUUGAUAGAAUUGCGGCAUGCCUGAACAUGUCCCAAACAAAAGUCAGGAAUGCAACAGAGGCAAUUAGUAAGGUCUUCUCUCUUGAUAGGGAAGCAUUCCCCUCUUUAAAUGGCCUUCCAGGAGAAACACUUCAUAGUUACAUUGCAGAUAAUCACCUCGAGAACAAUCCAUGGCAUGGAGUAGAUGAGUGGGCACUCAAGGAUGAGGUAAAUAAGCUUAUUAGUACAACACUAAGAGAACGGGAGAGAGAUAUUAUACGUCUUUACUAUGGCCUGGACAGUGAAUGCCUUACUUGGGAGGAUAUUAGUAGACGGAUAGGAUUGUCCACGGAAAGAGUUAGGCAAAUCGGACUUGUUGCACUAGAGAAGCUAAAACAUGCUGCAAGGAAGAGGAGACUGGAGGCCAUGUUGAUGAAUCAUUGAUUUUGGUAGCGGACUACAUAGAAAUUGCAUGUAAAUACCAAGGAAGAGAAGUUGAUUCUCGAUUUUAUUUUUCUUAUCAGGAGUCAAGCAAGUGUAUACAUACAUGGUUAUGUAACAGAUUGUAUCCCUUUAUUUUAUGUUGGAAGUGUCAAACACACCUUGUGAUCGAGAGCUUCUAACAUAUGUCACAGCAAUCACUCUCUAAUGUAUUCUAUUAUUGCCAAAGAUUCGCAGUUGUGAAUCUAUCUAUAUCUUUUUCUACAAACUUCAAAAA